CUGCACCUCUUUUUUUUUUCUUUUUUAUUCUUUCUUUUUCUUUUUCUUCCAUCUUCCAUUAACUUUUCCUUUUUUUUACAAUGGCAAAGGAUGAUAAUAAAUCUCUACGACUACUUGUGGUUUCUAACCGUCUUCCCGUUACUGUAACAAAAAAUACAACAACAAACAAUUAUGAUUUCAAAAUGUCUUCUGGUGGUCUUGUUGCAGCUUUAAGUGGUCUCAAAAAGCAAAUGAGUUUUACUUGGAUUGGUUGGCCAGGUAUCGACGUUCCUAUUCCCGAACGCAAAAAUUUACAAGAACGCUUAUUGGAGGAAACUUCAACAUUACCAGUAUUUGUUGAUGAAGACCUUGCUGAAUUACAUUAUAAUGGCUUCUCAAAUAGUAUUCUUUGGCCUUUGUUUCAUUAUCAUCCUGGGGAAAUUUCAUUCAAUGAAGAAUGGUGGGAAGCUUAUCAAAAAGUCAAUCAAUUAUUUGCUGAUGCUAUUGAUGAAAUUGUACAAGAUGGUGAUUUAGUAUGGAUUCAAGAUUAUCAUCUCAUGUUAUUACCUGCUAUGUUACGAAAUAAGACAAAGAAAGAUAUUAAGAUUGGAUGGUUUUUACAUACUCCUUUUCCAAGUAGUGAAAUUUAUAGAAUUUUACCUGUCCGAAAGGAAAUUCUACUCGGUGUCUUGGAAAGUGAUUUACUGGGUUUCCACACUUACGACUAUGCCCGCCACUUUUUAUCAUCAUGCACGCGUAUUCUCGGACUUUCAACUAUGCCCAAUGGUGUUGAAUAUGAAGGUCGCUAUGUACAAGUUGGUACUUUCCCUAUUGGUAUUGAUCCAGAUAAAUUUACCGAAGGUCUCAAAGAUCAAAAAAUUCAAGCACGUAUCUCUCAACUAAAAGGUCGUUUUGGUGAUUGCAAAUUGAUUGUUGGUGUUGAUCGUUUGGACUAUAUCAAAGGUGUUCCUCAGAAAAUGCAUGCCUUAGAAGUCUUUCUUAGUGAACAUCCUGAAUGGGUUGGUAAAGUGGUAUUAGUACAAUUGGCUAUUCCUUCUCGUGAAGAUGUGGAAGAAUAUCAACAACUACGAAGUACUAUUAAUGAAUUGGUGGGUCGUAUCAAUGGUCAAUAUGGUACUGUUGAAUUUGUUCCUAUUCAUUUUAUGCAUCGAUCAAUUCCUUUUGAAGAAUUAGUGGCUCUUUAUGCUGCUGCUGACGUCUGUUUAGUCUCUUCUACUCGUGAUGGUAUGAACUUGGUUUCUUAUGAAUAUAUCUCCUCUCAACAAAACAAUCAUGGUGUCUUGAUUUUAUCUGAAUUCGCUGGUGCUGCUCAAUCUUUGAAUGGAUCUAUCAUUGUCAAUCCUUGGAAUACUGAAGAAAUGGCCAAUGCUAUUUAUGAAGCUGUCACUAUGCCUGAAGAUACUCGUCAAUCCAAUCAUCAAAAGCUUUAUAGAUAUGUUACCAAGUAUACUGCUGCUUAUUGGGGUGCCAGUUUUGUUAAUGAAUUACGUCGUGUUAGUGAAGAAUUUGGUCAACAAAUGGCAAUGCCACAACUCAAUACGAAUCAAGUUUUAGAGAAAUACCAAACGUCUAAACAAAAGAAGCUCGUACUACUCGAUUAUGAUGGUACCUUGACGACAACUCAUAAACUUCCUGAAUUCGCUAAACCAUCACCCAAAGUAUUGGAUCAAUUGAAGGCCCUUGCAUCUCAACCGGAUACAUAUGUAUACAUUCUUUCUGGACGUGGACGACAACAUUUGGAUUCUUGGUUUGAAAGCACUGGUAUUGGAUUAAGCUCUGAACAUGGGUGUUUCUAUAAGCAUCCAGCAAAUAUUCGUGAUAAGGUCAAUCCUGCUGCAUCUGCUUCUGAAGGCAAAUUGGUCAAGGCUGAAGACGAUCAUUGGUAUUGCUUAGUGGAACAAAUCGAUCCAAGUUGGAAAGAAACUAUUUUACCUCUUUUUGAACAUUAUACCGAACGUACACCUGGAUCCUUUAUUGAAGAAAAAGAAAUCAAUUUGACAUGGCAUUAUCGUAAUGCUGAUCCUGAAUUUGGUAGUUGGCAAGCAACUGAACUCCAGGUGAAUUUGGAAAAACUUCUUAGUCAUAUGGCAUUAUCAAUUGUUCUUGGAAACAAAACAUUGGAACUACGACCAUCCUCUGUGGAUAAAUCAACGGCAGUACGUGCCAUCAUCAAAGAUCUUGGUUUAGCUUCGGUAGACUUUACUCUUUGUGUGGGUGACGGUAAAACAGAUGAAGUUGUCUUUUCUUACUUGAAUGAAAUUCCUCAUUCAAUCACAAGUACUGUUGGCAAGAAACAAACUGAAGCUCAAUAUUAUAUUCCAACGGUGGAUCUUGUCAAUAAUCUGGUAGAAGAAUUAGGUCAAGUCAAGCUAUCUUAGAUUUAGUUUAGUUUUUUUUUUUUUUUGGGAUGAUCAUACAUUGAUUACAGACUUGACAUUUUUUUUUUAUCCUUGUCCCCUUUUUAUUUUUCUAUUUUUACAGUGUUUUCAAAGAGUUUUUUGUCGGGUUACAAGAAAAUAGUUUCGUGAUGAUAUAAAAUAAAAUUUCGGCCUUUCCCAAAAUGGAUGUCUCAUUACCAGUUUUUCAGAUAUCGCUCCAGAGUAUGUCAAAACACAUUGAUUGAUGAUACAGUAUAUUAAGCAUUCUCUU